GCAGGCUCAGUGCGGGGCCCACCCCCAGCAUUAGCUGGAUUCUAAAUGAGCGGGAGCAAAAGCAAAGGCUACAAGCACUGAUCCUGGAGUGAGCUGCCCAGUGCCCAGAGUCUGGGGACGAGGCAGCACAGCCUCCUGCAUCUCCCCGGGAUGAGAGUGGUGGUGAGGAAUUCCCACUUCGGAGGGAAGAGGCUCCCCGUGACGAACAGCGCACGGGAGAUGAUGAAGAGGCCCCGGAAGCACAGGAGGAUCCCGCUGAACCCGCGGAACCCGAGGUCCCUCAAAGACCCGCACUCCGCCGUGCACAGGCACCCCGCCGUGCACGGGUUCGACAGGCACAACAAGAAGAAAUAGCGGAGGUGCGGGUUCUACUGGAGUACAUAGACCAGAUGCGUACCUCCCGGAUAGAAAACAUAGAAGGACGACGCAGAAUACUUGAUGGGCAGAAUCAAAUAAUUCAAGGCCAAAAUGAAAUAAUCAAUAUACUGAAUAGAAUACAAGAAGGACAAACAAGAAUGUUUAAUCUACAUCAGGAAAUGUUCACAUUUUUCCGGGAGGCGCAUGCUGGUCUACCUCCUGUUGCUGGGCCUCUUGUUGCUGGGCCUCUUGCUGCUGGGCCAUCUCCUCCUGCCGGCCCAUGUCAUCCUCCUCCUCAGCCAUCUACUCCUCCUCCUCCUCAGCCAUCUACUCCUCCUCCUCCUCAGCCAUCUUCUCCUCCUCAUCCAUCUUCUCCUCCUCCUCAGCCAUCUACUCCUCACCUUGGUCGUCCCAGUACUCUUCCUUCCACUCCUCCCACAACAGCUCCAAGGAGGACUCUUCGGAGUCGGCAGUUGCCUCUCCCAGAGCCUCAGCCCCGUGGGAAGAGGGGAAGGAAGAGGAAGUAAGUAUUUUUUUCCAUCUUAAAAUAUUUUUUUUGUGUAAUGGAUAGGUAUGUGAUGAUGUGGUUUUCAUACACUUGUGGACCACACUCUGUAUAUAAUCGACUUCUAUGGGACCGGGUCCAUGGAGGAAGAUUCUUUGCAGAGUGUGGGUUAUAAGUGUGUGAAAACCACAUCAUCACAUACCUAUCCUUGUUCAUGAUAUUGAUUGGUUUCUGUGAUGUGAUGUCCAAACUGUUUCCCGAAUCGCUAACUAAAUUACCAUAACAAUUAUCCAUGAUGGCAUAUUACUGUUUGAAUGCCAAUAACACAGC